UCCGCGCCGCGCCACGCGCCACAACGCACCUCUGACAUGUGACGAUACAGUAUGGAAGAUUGCGAUCUCGCCCAAUACCGCGACAUGAUCAUCGAAGGAGAUCUACCGCUCGACUUGCGGCCGCCACCUAGACUUUAUCUACCACACUACCUGCGUGACGAAACCACCGAGUAUCCACCAGACGACACCUACGUGUCCGUCGACGAGGAUACACCAGAAGUGCCACCUCCGUCCAGUGAUUCGGACAGGUUCGAAGCGUCCAGUCCGUGCGAUACUAAAUCUAAUUCCCCAAAGAAACCUAAACAGAAAUCGUCGUCGCAGCUCAUCAAACCGCCUUACUCCUACAUCGCGCUAAUUACGAUGGCGAUAUUACAGUCUCCGCAUAAAAAAUUAACCUUGAGCGGGAUUUGCGAGUUCAUAAUGACCAGGUUUCCUUAUUACAGAGAAAAGUUUCCCGCUUGGCAAAAUUCCAUAAGGCACAAUCUGAGCUUGAACGAUUGUUUCAUUAAGAUACCUAGAGAGCCAGGGAAUCCAGGCAAAGGGAAUUAUUGGACUCUAGAUCCGCUCGCGGAGGACAUGUUUGAUAAUGGAAGUUUUUUGAGGCGACGGAAGAGGUACAAGAGGCCGGCGCCAUCGCUGCAGCACGCCCAUGCGGUCGUGGCGAUGCUGGCGAGGGAAGCGUACGCUCCACUAUUGCCACUGCCGUGUUAUUUGCCACCAACACCGUUGUUGUCACUGCCCCGUCCACCACCGGCGGCACUUCGGCCCGUGCCGUUGCCGCCGCGUUUAGCAGAGACAACAGAGCCUAGAGGCAAGAGGUCUCGCAACGGUUUCUCUAUUGAAUCUAUAAUCGGUUCCCAGGACAGCGCGGUGGCGUCAGAGCCUCGGAGAAGUGCAUUUUCGCCCCUCCAUCAGGCGAACGGUCCUCCCGAUGACUGGAGGUGAAUAUACAUCAGCGGGUGCGUGUCGAGUCUAUCCCCCUACUGAUUAUCAAGACAGACAACUCAUGACCUCGCUGUACGACUGAUGUGCUAAAAAGUGUUCUAGUGACGAUUGUAAGAUAACAAUUGUAUAAAUAUUUGCUAAGCCGAACCGGGCAUGAAAGCUUAAACCAAAUAUUAAAUAGUGUUAGAUAAAAUAUUGACCAAACCAUUGUAAAGUUAUUUAUAAAUCCUUCAGUUCGUUGUAAUUACGGUGAAAUAUGUAAGUAUUAUCUGCUGUUAUGUAUUUGUUUACCGCAUGAUGCGACUGUGGCUUCCUCAUUUGUUUUAAUUAUUAUACUUGAUUAAUAAAUCUUACGUGUCUAAUACUCGUAAAAUAACACCAAUAGAUGUGCCAAAACAGUACAGUAUUAAAGUCAAAUUAAUUAAUUUUGCAUUGCCUUCCGAAAUUUAUAUAUAUACAAGAAAUAUUCAAAUUGUUUAAAAAAUUAAGCGGUCUUAAAAUUCUAGUCAUUUUAUGUACAAAGUAGUGGUAAUUCUUGUAAUAUCGAUAAUGUAAAUAUCUUUUUAUGAAUAUAAGUAGGUAGCUAUGAUAUGCAAUAAUUUAUGGAGUAGCAAACAUUAAUCGUAAGAAAUUAUUCUGGUCCUCUGUUCCCAAAAUGUGUCGCAUAAUACGAAAUGUUAUAAGGUCUGCAAAUAAUAACCGUCAAAGAAUCCGUAAGAUGUAUCCGUAAAAUUGAAAUUGUAGUAUAUUUUUGUGUAAUAACUUAUUUUUAAGCCGUACAAUUAAACAUAAAAGUAAUACAGAAGUAUUGAUUUUGUUUUUAUUUUCUUACCACUCUCACUUACAUCAACAUACAUAUUUAUUUAUAACAAAUCCCCAUAUAUAGAUAAAUUACCUACAUUUUGUAAUGUCAUAAAAUUCACUUUAUGAAAUAAAUUAUGAAUUUGAUGUGCAACUACUUUUCUUAAAUUAAUAGUGAUUGAAUAGGUAAUUUAAAUUAGGGGCAAUAUUUUUAAAUGUUACGUCUUUUCUUCUUGGUUUAACUUCAUUACCACAGGCAAUAAAAGUAAACAAUAAAAAAGCAUACAAUAAAGCUAAAAAAUAUUUUUAAUCGUUUAAAAAUGCAGCUUCAUGUGCUUAUAUUUAGACAGUCCUCAAAAAGAUCGUCAUCAUCAAAGGUAACUAUAUCGUCAGUAUAGUUUAACCAGUUAUUUUGAUCUAACCGAAACUUAAAUCAAAACACGCUUUAGAAUGUAAAAAUAAUUUAUCAAAAUCGGUAGACCCAGUAAAAAAUAAUAACGUAAUACACAUAAACUAGAGACAUAUCGAAAGCUUCCAUUUUUGAGAAGCAAAAAAAAAAGGUUUUUUUUAAAGAAGUUUUUAUUUGGUAUAUUGUGUUCCAC